AUUAAUUGCUUUAAACACACGUUUGAAGCACUGUUUAAGUAUUACCUACAUUUCGAAACUUUGAAGAAAAAAUUUGUCACCUCUUAUUUAACACUUAUUUAACACGAUAUUUGGUCAUUGCUUCCUCCUUUUCUCAAUUCGCACCUAGUCCGCGAUGGAGCCGAACGAACAAGAGGAGGUAAAAGCAAAACCUCAGGAAACCACCGAAACAGAACAAGCGACCGCAAGUGUGAUAAUCCGGCGCCAAGUCAUAACCACCGCUGGAACAAUCGAAGAUAACAUCGAAGACCCACGAAUUGAACAAAUAGCCGGCGAAGAAGUCGUCAACACCUCUGAUUCGCCAGUGCAACAAGUGGCGUCUGAACAAGAACAGAACAACGUGGUUCAAAUUGUCCAGUAUGAAGAACAACCAACUUCGGAACAAAAUUACGAAGAAGGUGCUCAGCAAGUGUUCGUGUGUACCACUGAAGGAUAUUCGUCUCAAGCCGAAUAUCCACAGCAAGAAACAGUGGCUUAUACGACGCUUAAUAUUCCUGCAAACGCUCAAGCGAUUGCGACGAUUGAAACAACUGAAUAUGCGGAUUUAGAUAGUGUUAACAAUUCUACCUACAAUGACCAAUAUGCCGGGAAUGAUGCGGCGCAAUAUAUUCAGCACUAUCCUGCUGAUUAUGGAAGUUAUCCAGGACAAAGGACUGGAGCAGAAAGCCCACAAACGGCACUCUUUAGAAACACCGACCCAAAUCUUGCCUCAUCGAGAUAUUCACAAUUCGAAGUGUCUAACCAAAGCAUCAAUAAUAAUCAGGUGGCCCUGAUAAACAGCAACGGGACGUACUCUCAAUUCACAGCCCAGAAUCCCGGCUGGUCCAACUCUGGAAGCACUGAAUACACGUAUGCACCAGCAAACGUGUCUCUUCAUCAAGCAGACAGCACUCAUCAACAUUUCGCAAAUUCGACAUGGUCCAACAGUGCAACCAUUGAGGAUUCACCUAGAGGACAAUAUCGAGAGGUACAUAUCAAAGAAUGCGUGAAUUGCGGUGCCAGUGUUACCCCUCUUUGGCGUAGAGAUGGUACCGGUCACUAUCUCUGUAAUGCUUGCGGUCUCUAUAACAAAAUUAAUGGUGUUAAUAGACCACCAGUGAGGCCUCCCAAAAAGCCACAGGCGCAAAAUGGACCAAGACGAAACGGAGUCCAAUGUGCGAAUUGCAAAACAGGCAAUACCACACUUUGGAGAAGAAACAAUCAGGGGGAACCAGUCUGUAAUGCCUGUGGAUUGUAUUUCAAACUACACGGGGUAAACCGACCCCUAAGUAUGAAAAAAGAAGGCAUUCAAACCCGCAAACGAAGACCAAAGAGCUCCAACUCUCAUAAUCAACCAACUCCAAGUACCAGUCAAGGAUUAAUGCAAAAUCGAAUGGUUGCAGUUCCUCAUCAUGGAUAUUUUCCUCCAAAUAUGCAUGAAGUUCCUUCCGAUCAGUACCAAUUGCCUGUAACAACCUAUCAAAUAAAUCAGUACCAUCAAAGACUUCCAGGAGCUGAGCAACUCACAAGACAAAUUCCGCAAAACGUAACUCCACUGGAGCCGAUUCAAAUAUCGCAAAGCGAUGAACAAACCAGUGUUAUAACAUCAACAUCACAAAAUGCUCGCUUUCGGCAUCAAGACGACGAAGAGGAUGACUCUAAUCCCAAUGCUUGAAAACUUGUUCCAACAACUUGCGAUGUUUUUGGAUGUAAAUAAUCUAACGUUUUUAUUUUUUUUUAUUAAGUUUAAUUUUAGCUUACGAAUUUUUCAAAAAAUCUUUGAAUUUUUUGUCAAACUUUUCUAUUUAUCCAAAAAAAUCGUAAAUGACAUGGAAAAAUAAUAAAUAGUUUAGUACAUAGUACAGUGAUGGACAAUAUAAUCGCGUACACUGUAAGACCCAAGUAACACAUUUUUUCCAAAUUUUCCAAUGUGAAGCUUGUCUUUUUCGAAGUUUCAAAAUAUUUUUAGAUUACUUGUUUCCAUCUUUUUUUCACUCUUUAAAUUGUGAUUUUGUUUAAACUCUAUUAGCCUGCAACUGCUUUAGCCGAGGUUAUACUGUGCGAUCAAAAAAAAAAUAAAUGAGGCGGUGAUUAAAGUCCUUCAGAUGGCAAUCCUGAUUUUUGACAUUAAAUGUCAGCGGAAACUUUGAUAAGUUUGCGUUUUAUUCAUUUUGAGUGAAA